GAGAGAGACAGACAGCACUAGCGGGGGGAGGGGCAACGGGCGAGAAGCCCAAGCAGACACAGGACUCAAGUCUCACAAAGCUGAGAUCAUGACCUGAACUGAAACCAAGGGUCCAACACUCAAUUGAGUGAGCCACCCAAGUGCCUCUCAGUGCCUUGCGAAAAGCAGUUAGGAAUUGUGCUCUCUUGUUCAUUUUUUCCAGCAUUUACUCUGUAGCCUUUCAGUUGUAUUUACUUCACAAUUUAGAUUUUGUGCGUGAUCUUGAUCCUUAUAUCUAGGUGUGACAACAUAGCUCUUCAGUUUUUAAAGGUUUAUUCUAAGUCACUACUGGAAGAGUUACUCUAAAAUUCAGCCAGGACUCCGGUUCAGUUUGAGUUGGCAUUUGGAGAACAUAUCCCUAUUAAGUUGAUGAUGGUAAUGUGUGAAGUAACUUUUUUAUGUCUUGCUUUUUAGGAGUAGGUGGUUUAGCAGCCCUGGGUGACCAGGGAAUUUCACAAAUAAACCCACCAGCAAGUUUAAAUACAAGUAGGGCCCACUCGGAGGAGGUGGAAUGCUGCUGUUGCUCAAAAAAGAUGUCUAGCGGCUCCAGUGAAGCUGAUGUGAUAAGAACACGAAUACCUGCUUAUGAUGAUGAUAACACUGUUCUUUAUGCAUAUGAACCAAACACUGCAUAUGUCAAUAAUCAGGAAACUGUGAUGUCUGACACAUCCUACAACGAAGAACAACAAAAAACUGUUACGGAUGUCCUCAAUCAUUGUCAGGUCAUCUAUGAUGCUAUUCAAAACCUGGAUAAGAAAUUUGAUGUCAUUCAUGGAAAAGUUUCAAAAAUCCACCGUUUUCGUGUGAAAUCACUGUGGCAGAAUCGCAAGCCACUUGGAUAUGCUUAUAAAAAUUAUAAUUACCUGCUUUCCAGAAAGAUCAGAUUGCAGAAAUUGAGGAAGAAGGAACCUCCUUCUUCAUUCUCUUACCCUGAAAGUUAUAGCCCAACUAUGCCAGUGGAAAGGCCCCCAGAUGAUUCCCCGAGCAAUCCUAUAGGAUCACCCUACCGUUCAGAGGAGGGGUCCCCAGAACGGGAUCCAGAGUCAUACCUCCCUGAGCAGGAGCCGAAUCUGAGCCAGAGUCCAACACUUCCGUCCAUGUAUUCUUCACAUUCAUACCAGCCAUAUUUCACACCUGAUGAUCCGAUUCAGGGCUCCUCUACCAUCGUGCCCUACUGUCCCAGCCCAGGGCCCAAUAGCAGCCACAUGUUCUCACCUACUCGAGCUUGUACAGUAGCACCCGGAUCCAUUCUGGGUCAAGGUGAGCCCAGUCCGACGCAUAACCCUGAGAUGAUGACUUAUCCAGCUCUAAUGGAAAAUAAGUGCCUCGGCCAUACUGCCUCAUCUCUUUGUAUCCCGCCCAACUUUGCUACAAGUUCACCAAUUGGAACUGACCCAGGUAUCCUAAAACAAAGCUUCUCGGAUGACCCUUCAACCUGGUCUGUGGAGGAAGUGAUCCAGUUUCUGAAACAAACAGAUCCUCAGACAUUCACAUUCGCCAUCGCUGACCUUUUCAGGCAACAUGACAUUGAUGGAAAGGCUCUGCUACUACUAAAGAGUGACAUGAUGAUUAAGUACAUGGGGCUGAAGCUGGGGACAGCCCUGAAGUUGUGCCACUACAUCGAUAGGCUUAAAGAAGAAAAAUUCUUUGUCAACUGAAAACAUGUUUGUGUCAAUUUAGCUCGAUCUUCAUUCAGGGGAGACCAGUGCCAUCUUGGUGUAAAAUCAUUUUUCUGCCCUUAGAAGUUUUUGUUGUGUAGAAGGUUCUUCUAAAACUAUGUUCUGUCCAGAAUUGCAGAACUCCAUUAUAGUCUGGUCUGCUCUUUGAGAAGCCAUCUAACAUGUGAGCACUGGCGGUUUGUUAGAUUGGGAGUUUUUUCGUUAUAUCUUUUUAUUAUUUUUAUUGCAUAGUUUACAGUUGUACUUCACAAAGGAAACAGAAACACCUCUAAUUUCUGUUCAUCUUUAUCUAAGGAACCAAAACAGCUGAAUCCCAAAGAGAAAAUAUCAGGGCCUGAAAAGUUCUCUAGUAAAUCCAUGGAUUUUCCUUAGAAGAAAACUUAAAAGAUGCAACUAUAGAUAGCAUCUUUCUAAAAUCUUUUAUGUUUGUUACUGCAAGCUUCUGUUCAUGUUCUACCAGCUUCCCAAAAGGGAAAGCCAUAUAAAGUAUUUUCCUUUCUAUUAUUAUUUCUAUAUAUGUUGUAUUUGUUUCUAUUUA